AUGGUCCAUUAUUAUUUUACAGAUUCACCAGUGUAUACUCCUGCAGAUGGCAAUCGCUGGCUACUGGCUAAACUGCUAUACCAAGUGGCAGAUUUUGCUUAUGUUGAAAUGAUCGAACACUUACUAAAAACGCACAUGAUACUUCAACCUAUCUGUGUCGUCGCAAAGCGAACGAUCUCAAAAUACCAUCCGUUAAACGAACUGUUUCGGUGGCAUUGUCGCGGUUUGAUUACAACCAAUGUUAUUGGUUUCCCUAAGUUGAUCCAACCAGAAGGUUAUAUGCAUAGAUUGUUUUCUAUGGGCCAUGUUGGAAGCAUUGAAUUGCUCAAUAAAGGUUACGUGGACUACAGUUGGAAAGACACUGAUUUCUGGGAAAAUAUCAGAGUGAGUGUUUUUACUAAUAAAUAUAUUGCUCUAUUAUUCCAUGCUUAUUCGUCAAUGCUCUGUUUUCCAAGAAAGAUAAGGGUUACUAAUUCGGUACUAAUAUCAGUACAAAUGUCUGCUGCGGCCAAAUAUAGGUCUCAUGCAUGCCGAACUAACAUAAAACAAUUCACUAUCCUACAUCAGGAUCCGAAAAUAUGGAAUUGUCUUCCUUCAUCAAUAACAGGAAUAAAUAUCACGUCUUCUUUCAAAAGAAAAUUGAAAAAAUAUUUUAUUGAAAACAAUUAGUGCAUGUACAAUUCAAUAGGAGCUUCAUUUAUAAACAAAACCAAAAAUAUAAUUUGGGGGGGGGGAACCCCCCCCCCCCCCCCAACUUUGUUCUGAAUAACAAUGAGAUGGCCUCUUAAUACAAGUCUUUGACUUCCUGAGGUCUUCUCGCCACUUUCAAUUUGACAUACAUAAAUAUAAAUAUAUACCCAAAUAUUAUUAUAAUAAUGAAUGUAAAUAACUGAAAGUGGUAAAUAAAUUGAAUUGAAUUCAAAUGCAUCUAAGAAAUCAAGUUUGAGAUCUGAUUCAAUCAUUUUAGCCGAGAAAAUCGAAGCGAAAUUUUAUAACUCAAAACCCUGCGGAACAGAACAGCCUUUCACGCUUCAAUGAAAAUCUGGCUCAGUGAGCUUACCAACUAAUUUUGAGAUCUGAUUCAUUUUACCCCAGAAAACCGAGGCUAAAUUUUCAACCUCGUACCCAGGGACUUUCCUCUUGAGGAGCAAAGACCCUGGUAGACGCUGGUCACGUGAUCUACUAAAAUCUAGCAGAUUUUUAAUUAGCAAUCCAAGAUCAGGUCAAUAAACAUUUGAUAUUUGGAUUAUUUUGAUAGUUUAAUUUAUAAUUUGCAUUUUGUAUGAUUGUCGUAAAGAAAACCAAGAUAGUUGAUUAGAAAUCUGCUAGAUUUUAGCAGAUCACGUGACCAGCGUCUACCAGGGUCUUUGCUCCCCAAGAGGAAAGUCCCUGGGUACGAGGUUGAUAAAUUUUAUGUAAAUCACGACGAGAUCUUUAUCCGAUUUACAGAUAUUGAUUAUACAUUAAUCUCUUUUGAAUUUUUGUAACAAUUUAUAAGUUAUUAAUAAGUCACCAUUUUUCAGAAACGUGGUGUUGACGAUCAAAAGAAGUUGCCAUACUUUCCUUACAGAGAUGAUGGUAAACUUAUCUGGCAACAGAUACAGAGCUAUGUACAUGACUAUGUAUCAUUGUAAGUGCGCGAGAUUGUCACAUCAUUAUUUAGCAAAGAUCCUUCGACAUUAAAGCCUGGUCGUCCAUAUGGUCGUAACGGUCGUAAAGAUUUGAAUCACGAUCUUUCUCAUCAGCCGAAAUACAACAUUUUAGAACUGAAAAUACGCGGAGUGAUUAUAACUAGAGAAUACUCAUGAUUUAUGUACUAUUUAGAAAACGAGCAGGAGUGUUUUAUUAGGUUUAAAGACCUAAUAAAACACGACCUGCGAGUUUUUUAAAUGGCUUCAAAAACGUUUGCAUAAUAAGUCAAAUCUUUAUAUAAAAAUCUUUAUAUAAAAAUCUUUAAAUAAAAAUCUUUAUAUAAAAUCUUUAUAUAGUUUGCAUAACAAUGCUGGUAUAAAGACGUAUGCACGUGAAUAAUUUCUUACUCAAGAUUGGAUAAUUGCUUCAUGAAUUAUAAUACAAAACAUAAUCCGAAGAUAAGCAUCUUGAUACCCAAAAUAUGAGUCAAACAAGAAAGUGAGUGAGUAAUAUUUCGAUUUUAUUACAAAAUCAUCAUCAGUCUGAUGAUGAUUUUGUAAUAAAAUCGAAAUAUUACUCACUCACUUUCUUGUUUGACUCAUAUUUUGGGUUUCAAGAUGCUUAUCUUCGGAUUAUGUUUUGUAUUAUAUUUUUUGAAAUUGUCGGCUGGUAUUGGUUUUUGCUUCAUGAAUUAUUAAUGAGUUUUUGAAAUGUGGUUUACAGGUAUAAACUAUUAUAAAAUGGCCAUUGAGAAAGAUCGUGACUCUAGUUUUACAAUCAUUACGACAAUAUCGAAAUCAGACUAAACUGCAUGGCUACAAACUACAAACUUCUCGGCGAAGGGCCUUCGCCCGGAACGUCGAAGUUCUCCUUGUAUUUUUCAGGUAGCUGCAUGUACUUCCUAUAAAGAUCGUUCUUUUGUUCUCAUCGCUAUACUUACACGUGUAAAAAUCUCACAACUUGUCAACAAGAUGUGUUCGCAACAGGCUUGUAGCAAGCUUGACAACAAGUUGUAAGUAGUGUAUUUUAUCAAGUUGCUACAAGGUUGUCACUCACAACUUGUUGACAAAUUGUUGAAUUGCAAGACGAUAACAAGUUGUUGGAACAACUUGUAACAAGUCUGUUGAACUCAACAAUCUUGUAGCAAGCUGUCAACAAGCGGUUGACAUUUGACAACCUGUCAACAAGCUGGGAACAAGCAGUACAAACACAUCCUGUUGACAAGUUGUUGGAACAGCAUUGUUACAAGUCUGUUGCAGGUUUGUUACAACUUGUGCUUUUUUACGUGUGUACGCUGACACAGAACGCAACCGCUUCCUGAAAAUCGGGUUUUGAAAGCCCUGACUGCACACGUAAAAACGCACAAGUUGUUACAGGUCUGCAAACAAGUUGUUACAAAUCUGUUCACAAGCUGUCGACAAGAUGUGUUCGCACUGCUUGUUCCUAGUUGUUGUAACAAGUUUGGAACAAGCUGUUAAUAACUUGUAACAAGCUUGACGGCAUUAUCAGACUUGUUACAAGGUUCUUCUAACAAGUUUGGUACAGUCAUGAUAUAACAAGAAUGUUACAUGGUUGACUACACAAGGUUGCAGCAACAUUGUUAUAUCAUGUUGUAUUGGACUGUUGGAACAACCUUGCAACAAGUCUGAUAAUAUCAACAAGAUUGUUACAAGUUGUUUUAACAGCUUGUUCCAAACUUGUUGACAACUUGGGGCAAGCAGUGCGAACACAACUUGUUGGCAGAAUUUUGAUUUUGCGUCUACACAUGGACUUUGACGUUUGUCCAAGUAACUGUGAAUGUCUGGCAAACUGCGCGUUGCGCCUAACAAAAUGGGUGUUUAACAAUAUAGAAACAAAAUUAAACUAUUUCUGUGUCUUAAAUAAUAACCAUUUUAUUUAGAUACUACGGCACAAACAAGGAUGUAAGUUCUGACAGUGAACUCGAAAAUUUUACCAACGAAUUGUCUGAUGAUGGCUUUGGCAAAACUGGUGGCAUUGGAAAGGUGCGAAUAUUUCGCGAACGAUUUUAUAAUUAAAAUCUUUGCCUCGACGCACUAUUAAGAGGCAACUUUUUUCUAUACGUCGCUUAUUUGAAAUGAAAAGUGUUCAAAACCUAAAACAUUUUUGGCGUUCCUCUCAAAAUUACUUUGUUUUAGCUUUAUUUUGUAGUUUACACAGUUUAAUAGCAACAUUUUUAAAUGUUUCUGCCGGUUGAGAAACACAAAGUAAUAGUUAAAUAUUAUCAAUUAAAAUACAAUUAUCAACGAUGCUUUAAAAGUGACGCCAUGAUUUACAGCAAUAUAAGCAAAACUUAACGACAUCAUUUUCUCUUUGGCAUACCAUCUAAAAUCCCUUCAUUUUAGUAUUAUUUUAAAGAUAAAGCAUUAAAUAUAUUUUUUUAAGUUCGUCAAUUGCCGAUUGGAUUGAGAAAUGUAUAAAAAAAUAAACAUUUUGAAUGAAUCAGUUUUGAGGGCGUGUCACGUAGCAUACAAAAUAAUGAUCGAUUAAAACUGAUUGAUUUACAUAUUGCAUUGGCAUAAGAUUGUUGACAUUGCUUUUAUAGUCUUCAACAUUCGAGUAAGUCAUGCUUUGGAAAUGCCAAUAUUUUUUUAUUACCCAACCCUUGAGUUUUUUUGUUUUUCAUUUACCCAACCUUUUACUCACUCAAAAUUUUGUUUACCCAACCCUUUUCUCUUCGGUGCCACCCCCCGAGAUAAAUGACCGCUUCCUCAAACAGAGUAAAAUAAUAGAGUACCUACGGCCCAAUAGAACGCAAUGCAAUUUAAUGGGUUGAAGCACGGUUAAUAGAACUAGACGUUAUAAAGCUUAAAACUAACAACCUUUCAUUUGAUAGUUAAAAGGUUUCCCAAGACGUCUGCGCACAAAAUCUAGUCUGAUCGAAACCCUAUCUCGUAUUCUAUGGCUGCCAAUACAACACAACGCAGUCAACUACCCAAUUGCAUACUACGGUGCCUUCGUUCCGAACAUGCCUACGAAGCUUUACGACGAUCCACGAGGAAAGGCCGACGAGUAUUCGUUCUACAAUCUUCCUGACAAAAAUGUUGCCACAGUGAGUGAUGUUUGAAUAUCUGGACUGUUUAGAAAAGGAUAGUUUUACUGGGGUUGCGCAACCAUUAGCCUUGGUGAAGGAGUACAAGGAGGAAACGGAUUAUUUUAAAAAACGUUUCUGACUAGCGUAGAAUCUAAGAUCCCCUACCGCCAGCUCGGCUUUUGCAUCUUUUCCACGGACUGUUUUCCGAGCUACAUUAAUCAUACACCCCGCCUCGACCAUGGUUCUACCAGCGCCGCUCAGCAAUUCCAAUAAAGGCAAGCUAGAUCGACCUAUGGUUCAUAUUCCAACCUGGAAAGUUCUCCUGAAGCGUUUGAAACUUGUUAAUCUUAUUAAGUUUCACAAAGUGAAGCCAUAAAUCUAACAGGGCAUCAGAUUUUCCUAAGUUGGGUAUGCAACGUCUAACAUUAAAUAUGCUCCCUAGAGAGAAAUUUUUGCAAUAGACUUUGCAUAACGAGCUUUGUGUUAUAGUGUCAGUAUUGUAAUAUUAAGCCUUGUGUAUCCACGAAAGACUUCCUGUUACUGGCGAGAGGGACACUACAGUGCAUCAUAUAACUUAUCUUUCGCUGGGAGAAAACCUCCAAGUAGCGCAGGGGGGUCUAGGCUCAUCUGCAAGGAGGGAUGCAGAUUAUUUGCAGAACAUUUUGCACCCCUGCUACUGAAAAAAUCUCGUUGAAAAUGCAACCAGACCGCGUUCUUCAAUGCGUUUCACUUGCGUUUUCUGUCGUUGAAACACAUUUCAAAAUGCAUCUCUGUCAUCUCGAACGCAUUCAAACAGGGGCAGAUCUAGUCUCAUCUGCAAGGAGGGGUGCAGGUUUUCCAUGGGGUGGUGCAUGAGGGAGCCUUACUGCCCACUCUCCUCUGCAGUCCGCAACGCUACUAUCCAAACAUUACCAGUAUUUGAAAUGUCCAAAUCUGCAUGUUCACCGUUCUGUUACGUUUUACAUUAUCUUUUGUUUAUAAAGUUUAUAUCGGAUUUUUAUCACGUAUUUUUAUCAGUUGCUGUAGCACAGUACAGUAAAUUUGCUUGUUAAAGUACUGUAUAUUUGAAAAUCUGGCUGCACAAUAACCUCGACAUGUUUACAUAUUUAACCAUGAUAUCGAACUAAAGCAUCCCGAGUAUUUUCUCGUGAACUCACAAAUCAAUUAAAUCGUUUCAAAAAAUCGAAACGCGCUAACCGUAGGAGUUCCACUUAUCGCUAUUCGAAAAGUAGAAAAUGAAUGAUCAAGCAGAUAAGGUGGUGCUGGGCGUCUCUGGGAGAGGGGGGGGGGGGUGCUAGAUACGCCCCCCUCUGUACCCCCAUGGUAGAUAAUAAAUGCCUUAAUCUUUCACUUCAAUAGGUACAAGCUGUAGUUUCGAUGAGUCUUGGUUCUCUUCGUUUUGAUAACCUGCUGGAUUAUGGACCACGAAUGGUGGAUCAGGACGCAGCCAAGGUUGUGAAGAAACAUUACAGAAUCUUAAACACCAGAGUGAAGGCGAUCAUCGACCAGCGAAAUGACGAAAGAUUCAAAGAAGGACAUCUCACCUAUCCGUAUCUUAAACCAGGAUGGAUUCCCAAUUCUAUCCAUACUUAA